UUAGUUCGAAUAAAGCUAUCUUUGACUGCAGUUUACUGACACCGCUACAACGUGUUUUUAUCGCUGGCUGUCCAGACGGAAGGUGCUGAAACGCUUUGUCGCGUGUCUGGAAGAAGUGAAAACUUUCCUGGGCAGCAAAGGGCUCACCUUUCCUGAGCUGGAACAGCCAGAGUGGCUGGAAAAGCUACACUUCAUGGUAGACAUGACAGCGCACCUGAACACGCUGAACACAGCUCUUCAGGGGAAAGGACGUACAGCCCUGCACAUGUUGGAGGAUGUUUUGGCAUUCGAGCGCAAGUUGACAGUGCUUGCCAGAGAUUUACAGAAAGGCACUUUGUCUCACUUCCCCAAUUUGAGAGAGUUCAAACAAGGUCACGACAUGAUAAUUUCGGAGUAUUUACAUUCUGCAAUCAUCGCAAUGCAAACAUCGUUUGGGAAACGCUUCUGUGAGUUCAGAGAGGAAAAAAACACAUUAUCCUUCCCGGUCACUCCCUUAAGCAUCGAUCCUUCCCUACUGAAUACGACUGCAUUAGCAGGUGUGAGUCAACCUGAUCUUGAGAUGGAACUGGCCGACAUAGCCGACAAAGACAUAUGGGUGUCCAAGUUUAGACGCUUGACAGCAGACCUUGAAGAUGUUGCCCGUCAGAAGGCCGUUCUUGCUCAGAAACACAAAUGGAGUGAUAUUGAAAACCUCACAGAUGACAGCUUGCGAUCCUGUGUAAAGAUGAAGGUGACAUCAUACAGCCCUGAUGUGCAGACGCUGUGCGCUGAGGUCCAGGAGCAGAAAUCCCAUUAACCAAGAUGACAGCUGGCUGACGUUAUUUUUGGUUUGCUGCUGGCGGAAAAUUUAAGUUCGGCGUUUUUCAUAAAUACAAGAAGGACUCAAAUAGACAUUGAAUAUUUUACUUAAAAGUAACUUUCAACCCAACGUCUUUUUUUCGGAGUUCAAAAUGUUUUUGUUGCAUGCAGAAAUGUAAUUUCGUUUUCUCUGCAGGAGUUCAUCAAUUUCAUAAAUGCAACACAUUAUAGUUUGUUUAUACAUAGCAUAAAGGCAAAAAAAACGUUGUAUGCAGUGUUAUUUCAUUUUAAAUGUCAAACGGGUUUUGCGGCUCCCAGUGUU